AGUUGUCAGGACCAAACGUCUAACAAUGUCAUGUUGAAAUCAAGCAAUUAACGCGAUAUAUAAUUAGCUAAAAAUGGAAGACAAGGUUCAUAAACCAGGCCUUUACAAGUGGAAAAGACAGACGCCAACUAGACUUUACUCUAGAUCACAGAAUGUAACAACAAAAGAUGACAUUAAAGACUGGAUAAAGAAAGUGGAAGAUGCCACCGACAAGGCGGCUGAAGCAACGUUUGGGUCAUACUAUUCGUCUGGAAGGGAGAGAGGAAGAUAUGCUGCCUUGCAGUCUGUACAGCAGCUGCAUGAACACGAUGAAAUUCACAGUGAAGCCCAGGAACUCUUGACCCAGUGGAUGAACGAGAAGGUCGUGCUGAGCGAUGACAUUGACAUUGAUGAUGAGUACUGGCCGCGGAUACGUGCACAGGCGGAGGUCAAGGCCGAAUGGGAUCAUCUUCUCGCAGACAACACAGAUGACUGGGACCUGACCAACUCAGCAAGAUCCCAGUACGCUAGUACACCGACAGAUAAUUUCUUUGAUGUUGACAAUCUUGACGAGACAUCUGCGGUGGAGUCGAUCGUACAGAGAAUGCUGGGUAAACAAGUGGUUCAGGAGGAUUUCCUCAACGACCUCGGCCUCGAUGAAAGCAAGAAGAGGAAAGAUCCAAGACUUAAGAUGGAGCUUCGGCAUCAGCAGGUGAAGGAAAAUCGUGAAAAACGUGAGAAAGAACUUGAGAAAAAGCGCAGAGCUCUCAGAGAGAGAAAAGACGCCCACUUACAAGCCAAACAAAUCAUAAAGAAGGAAGAGCAAGAAAAAGAGAUAAAUGCGAAACACGAAGAGAUGGAGAUAAAACAAGAGAUGGCCAGUAUCCGCAAACAGAUGCAGGAAGAUAGAAAGAAGAUGGAAGAGGAGGCAUUGAGACGUAAGAAGGAGAAAUGGCAGUCGAAGAAUGUGUCGCGAAGUGAGAUAGAGCAGAGAUUGAUGGAGGAAAACAAACAACAAAUGCUGAGACAGCUGGAACAGGAGGAAAAACGACGACUUAUGUUCAAGAAACUCGAAAAGUUUCAGGCUAAACAAGCAGCCAAGAAUUUACUAAUUCUACAACAGCACUUCUCUGCGUGGUAUAAAAUAGUUCUUGAGCGCAGGCUCCGGAUAGGGAAAGCCCGCGCUCUCUCGGACUGGAGGACGUUACUACGGGCCUGGAAUGCGUGGAGGUCAUACGUGAGGUCACGUCGCAUUGACAUUGAGACGAGGCAGUUUGAACAGAGCAUUGUUGAAGCAAACAGGAAGAAUCAACAGGCACAGAGGCACCAUCGCUGUACUCUGCUGAGAAAAUACCUCACAGCCUGGCAGCUGUACGUGCACCAGGAGGCGGAGCGCCGCGAGAUGGAGGAGACACAGAACAGAACACGCAGCAAGAUGAUGGCGCUGCUAGACGCCGCUGCAACAGGCAAAUUGUGGAAUGAGAAAAAAGCGGAAGAGGAUGCAGGAAAUAAACGAGCAACUGGAAGAAAUACUGUAUCUGAUGCAGAUAAAAUAGAUGAGAUCUUUGACGACAGAAAGAGACCACAGAGUGUUCCUCUCUCGUCAAGAAGUGGCUCCAGCAUCAGCUCCAGUAUCGGUGGCGGCAGAUGUCGACCGAAUUCAUCGCGCCUGCCCACCGAGGCGUGGCAGGUGACGCGACGCCACGUGAACCUGACGAAGGAUGAACUGUCGCGGCUCGGUGGAGGAGGCGACGGGGGUGAAGCGACGACGACAACCCCUCACUCGGACCUGGAGAUCCGACGUCGGUUCGGGAAGCAGCCAUGGAUGAACUCACCGUACAUCGUGAACAACUUCGAGCACAGAUACACAGCCCAGCAGAAGAUGCUGCACGAGCAGCAGAAACAGAUCCGCGACCAGCAGCGCCUCCUGGAGGAAAUACAGUACAACCAGAGGAACCAGCAGCUCCGGCACCAGGCGGACGAGCAGCACGCGCUGUACGACCGAUUGUCACGGCAACCGGUACCUGAGGAGGAGGAGGAGCGGUCGCCGUGGAAACCGGUACCCGAGGAGGAGCGGUUGACGCCGAGGCACGAACAGUUGUCACGGCAACAGGUACCUCUGAAAGGGGAGCGGUCGUCGCGGCAACUUGCAGGAGCACAGAAUGAAUCGGAGUGGGAAGAGGGGGAGGGGGAUGGGUUGUCACGGCGAUCGGUUGUUGAGCAGCAGUUGAACAACAUGUUUGACGUACACCAACACCAGGGACGGAUAGCCUCCCAGCAACACAACGCAGUCGCUAAGGACAAGGAGACCAAUAUCACCUUGGAUACGGCACGGACCAAAUCUUCUGUGUCAUCGUCAACGAGGACUGCAGUUACGACAGCGCGAUCAGAUUUAAGUGUGAGGUCAGGUGCUACAUCAAGUACUUCAAACAACAAAUACCUUAAAGUUCUAAAAACUAUGGAAGAGCGAACAGCAGAACGGUCGAGACUAAAGGCUGAGAGAGAAGAAAAACGUAAGAAAGCUGAAGAAGAAAAAAUGGCGAUGUUACUAGCUCACGAAGAGGACCUGCGCAGACAGGCAGAAGAAGACAAGCGAGCCCGGGUAGAAGCGUACAAGGAAAAGAAGCGACUGGAAAAACAGCGUGAGAUUGAUAAACAGCAGCAAGCUGAACGGAUGCGUGAGUUGAACCGACUAGCCGACGCCCACUAUCUGCGAUCCAUCGUCAAGUACCGCGGUCUCGUGGUUUUUAAGAAGUUGGUCCAGAUGUCGCAUGAUGCGGAACAGAGAGCAGUGGAGCACCACAAAUCAAGUUUAAUGCGGAAGGUGUUUGCAGCCUGGCAUGGACAUGCGUCUCAUGCAAUGCAAGAAAAGUCUUACCUGGCUGACGGGAUGUACAAGUUCCUCUUGCUCAAGCGAUGUCUCAACCAAUGGAAAAACUAUAAACACUGCAUGAAAAUAAUGGAGCAAAAGGGUCGUCGGUUCUACGAACAGAACGUUCUUGGUAAAAUUGUCACAGCCUGGGCUCACUAUGCCAUGGAAGAGAAGAUUGCAUCGUGGGAAAAAGAAAGAAUGGCAAAAGACCAUUACUUAAGGUCUGUGCAGAAGAAAACUUUCCAAGCUUGGAGACGACUUCCCGAUGAACUGAUGAAGGAGAAGGAUCGAGAGAAGAGAAGAAUCGAGAUGAGGAAGAAAGUGCAGAUGCUUAUUCCUGACUACGAGGGAACAGUUGAUAAGAGUGUUGACAUUUCAUUUCACGAGUUCACAUUUCAUGAGUUGACACAAGUUGACAUUUCACAAGUUGACAUUUCAUGAGUUGUUAACAGUGUGUUGAUAUCGAUAAUGAGAUUAUUUCAUAAGUUUGCAGUGUGACGUUUAUGAAAUGUGUAAGGAACUGUUUAACCUUCUGACUUCUGGAGGCGAGAUAAUAGGGUUAUAUUUCUCAAAUUUAACUUGACAUUCAUGGCUUUGAAUUUGGUAAUUUUAAAGUAAGUUAAAAUUUAAAAGAGUAAUUCUGUACUAUCAUGUACUUGUAUUUAUUUAAAUUACUAUAUUUAUUUUGAAAUGUUACAGGGGAGGGAAGACGUGUUUAUCAGUUGUUACGUAUCAUUUUCAAAAUAGGUCUUUAUAUAAUAACCCCAUUGGUGAGCCCAUUGGGCUAUUUCUCGUUCCAGCCACUGCUCCACAGCUGGUGUAACAAAGGCCGUGGUAUGUACUAUCCUGUCUGUGGGAUGGUGCAUAUAAAAGAUCCCUUACUGCUAAUCGAAAAGAGUAGCCCAUGAAGUGGUGACAGCGGGUUUCCUCUCUUUAUAUCUGUGUGGUCCUUAACUGUAUGUCAGUUUUGUACUCCAGUAUAUAGCAUACACAUCUCCGGGUUUAAUUUGUAUAGUGUUUCAUUUGUUUAUAAAAAGUAGUACCCCCACCCCACCCCUCCUAGGAUUUUGAUCGGGGUACUGCCCUGGAUCGAGUUAAUCAUUAUAAUGGCCGUUUUUGCAUGAGAAAUACGAAAAUAAUAUUCACCGAUUCAUAUGUGAAAAUUAUUUUUAUGUAUUAAAAACAUUUUAAGUGAAAAUUUCUGAGUAAAAGUUAUAUUUGUCAGUGGCAGAUCCAGAAAAUUCAUUUAGGGGGGAGGGGCCCUAGUGACAUGAGGUGGCAUGCAAAGGGAACUUUGGGGGAGGUUUGGAGGGGGAUCGUAAACAAAAUGAAAAUUAUUAUAUA